UAGAGGCUCCAAGGUUCAAGCUUUUCUAUCCGCGUGUAUUGUGCAUGCCGAAACUUGGCCACAUCUAGUAAAUAUAUCCUACCAAGACCCACAGCGUUGACGAACGGGGCGGACAAACAGAAUAAUGUAAUGGGGAUGCUGAUAAGAGGGAACUGAAGACUACCUACGGACUAACGCAGGGGUUAGGAAAGCUAGAUUAUUAGUAUCUGCUACAUCGUAUCUCUUUUUAUUCCCUCUAUUCACUUUUACUUUUCUUCUUCUCAUUUUCAUCUGCUCGAGUAAUAUGUAUAGCAAGCAUAUGCUGCUCACAGUACCGCUUCUAGUACGGCCAUAACUCGAGUCUUGACUUAUACGACGCCUCCGUACGGCUACCUUCGGCAGUACAUGAAGUAGCUGACUCGAAUGCUCUUAUUUAUAACUUGUCUCGGUUAAUCGAGUAGUUAGAAAGAAAAAGAAGAAUCAGUGAGAAAUAAGAAGCGAUACGAAUAAUACGAAUGGUAUUACGAUAUCAACGACGAUGGACGAGAUUAAACAACAGCAACCACGGCGGCGCGGCAGCGUGAAUCAUAGCAUUGAUCAUAGCAUUGCCCUUCAAGAUGAUGCUGCUGCGCUGGCGCACUUGGGACACAAGCAGGAACUCAAGCGUAACUUCUCUAUGAUUUCAAUGUUGGGACUAGCUUUUGCUAUCCUUAACACCUGGACCGCCCUCGCCGCCUCCAUCACCCUCGCCUUACCAUCCGGCGGCCCCAGCGCUGUCAUUUGGGGCCUUCUUGUUGCCGGCGUAUGCAACUUGUGCCUUGCCGCCUCCCUCGCCGAAUUCCUCUCCGCGUGGCCGACCGCCGGAGGGCAAUAUCACUGGGCGGCUAUUAUUGCGUGGAAGAACUGGAGCCGCAGCAUAAGUUAUGCGACGGGCUGGAUCAACGUCAGCGGCUGGGUUGCGCUGACGGCCACGGGGGGCUUGCUCGGCAGUACGUUUAUAAUAAAUAUAAUUUCGCUGUUGCACCCAAACUACGAGACCGAGUCCUGGCAUCAAUUCCUGAUUUAUAUCGUCUUCACGCUGAUCGCGCUCUUUAUCAAUGCCUUCUCGACGCGUCUGCUACCGCUAUUCACCAAGGCCGCCUUCUUCUGGAGCCUGGCGGGUUUCGUGGUGAUUAGUAUCACGAUCCUAGCUUGCGCAUCCCCCGAAUACCAGAGCGGUAAAUUCGUGUACGGCGACUUCAUCAACGAGGUCGGCUGGCCCGACGGUAUGGCCUGGAUGUUGGGGCUGCUACAGGGUGCCUUCGCACUCACGGGCUUUGAUGCCGUGGCUCAUAUGAUAGAAGAAAUCCCGAACCCGCAAGUAAGCGGCCCACGUAUCAUGCUGGCUUGUAUUGGCAUUGGAAUGAUAACCGGCUUCAUAUUCCUGAGCUGUCUUCUCUUCUGCGUAAACGAUAUUGAGGCGGUGAUCGAGUCGAGCGCAGGACCGUUGCUCCAGAUAUUCAUGGACGCAACACGCAGCCCAGCAGGCAGCGUAUGCCUACUCAUGUUCCCGCUCGUGUGUAUGUUGUUCACGACCACAACGCUGAUGACGACAAGCAGCCGCAUGUCAUACGCGUUCGCGAGAGAUCGCGGGCUCCCGUUCAGCAGAAUCCUAGCGCAAGUGCAUCCACGCCUAGAUGUUCCGCUAAACGCGCUGCUGUGGACUGCUGCUUGGGUGGUGGUAUUCGGUUGUAUCUUCCUCGGGUCUAGUAGCACGUUCAACGCUAUUACAUCGGCCUCUGUCGUCGCUCUCGGCGUUACGUAUGCCAUCCCACCGUCUAUUAAUGUACUCCGCGGGCGUAGAAUGCUACCGGAAGAUCGAGCAUUCAAGCUGCCGGGAGCCCUGGGCUGGAUUUUUAAUCUGAUCGGCAUUGGCUGGACGAUCCUGACGACGGUACUAUUCGUCUUCCCGCCCGAGUUACCCGUCACAAGCGAAAACAUGAAUUACUGCAUCGUAGCGUUUGGUGUGAUAUUGUUGAUUGCCGGAGUCACGUGGAUAUUCGAUGGGCGCAAAAACUAUAAAGGGCCGCAUGUGGAGGUAGAAGGACGAGAAGGGAAGGUUGAGGGCAUAGAAGCCGUGCUCGAGCCCAGUGAUGGUAGCGAUAAAACCAAGUGAUGGUAGCGAUAAGACCAAAGGUGUAGCCUAGGGAGCUUGGUGUUAAAAUGAAGUUUUCUAAUAAGAGGCUUUAUGGGCUUAGAUAAAAGUAGACAUGGCAUAUAAUACCUAGCAGGUUAAUCUAUAUCAAGGAAUUAUACGAAUUAUAUGAUGUGUUAGGCAUAACGAGCCGGGCUUCCAUAAGUCGCGUUAUAUGUAAAUAAUAAAGUAAACCAAUGCAUAUAUUUUAUGCAUUGCCGACGAUGACGAUGACG